CAAAGAGCAACAACUGAUCCAUUCUGAGCUUUCCAUCAGAAAGCACCUACAGUCGACAAGUCAGUACUGCGAGACUGUCCUCUGAAAGUGGUUGAAAUGAGCUGAACUUUUAUCACUUUUCGUCCUCACCCGUGCUCUGUUCCACCUGCAGACAGAUUUAGCUUAACGCAGCUAUGACACUCCUCAGCAUGAAGACAUUUCCAGCCUUUUUAUGGGGAUUAUUCAUCGUGGCUGCUUCCACCCCAGAAAGCAGUGGUUCUACCUACACUGUUGAGCCCAACAAGACAAGUGCCCAGCUGACAACUGCACUUGCAUUUCACAAUAAAACAGAUUCACACCCUGCAGUGUGGGGAACAACUCACAGACCUGCAGCUACUACCGUUUCUGCAGCGGUACAGAGCACAGUGGUAACCACAGUGGAAACUAGCGCGGCAGCUAUCAGUAACAAAACUAAAAUCUCCAGUGACAGUGUAGUCACUUUGGUUCCUACAAGCCCUGCAGCAGCAGCCACAAGCAGCUCCGCUCCGCAGUUACUUCAUACCUCUACAGCUUUGAUUGAAACUCAACCCUCCCACCAAGUGACCAUGAAAGAAAUAACAACACAUGCAGAGGAUGGGUCCCAUCCACAGUCAACCACAGCGCCAGACACCACUGCUCCUGCAACAUUCUCAUCAACAGCAGCUGUGUCUUCUCCACAGCCCACAUCCAUCACUGAGUCUGAAAUGACAUCAGUGUUAUCAUCCACUUUCUCUUCUGAGAAAUCUACUGCAGCUCCAGGCACUCAGAACCUCAGCAGCCUUUCAGUUUCUACUGCAAGCCCAUCGACGGCAGAGUCGAUCUCAGAGACAACACGUGUGCCACAGGUGUCCACCUCUUUGCCUCCCACAACAGCCAAGACACUGAAGACCAGCCCUGAGAUUUCAUCUGCAACUCAGUCCGUUUCUGCCUCGAGUUCUUCUAUCUCCACACAGUCAAACGCUACCUCUACGUCAACUGAAUCUCCCAACUCCACCAUUGCAAUAAUCCUGUUCCCCCGUAGGCCCACGGUGUUACCACAUCCAAUAACUAAGUCAGCCCCAGCUACUAAAUCGCCACACGGUGAAAUCUCAAAAUCAACCCCCAGCACCGAGGUUCAACCCUGCUUGACCCAGAACGUGGUGAAGCAGUGCCUCAUUGUCAUCGCCUGCCUGGCUUUGGUGUGCACAAUCUUUAUCUUUACUACCAUUGUCCUCUGCGCCAAACUGUCAUCGAGGAAGCGCAAGCGCAAACCUCAAAAGGAAACAGAAAUGAUGUGCAUUUCUGCUCUGCUGCCCGAGAGGAGUUACAACUAUACGAGACAGCACAAUCCGGUGCCCAAUGGAGUCCUGGUGAUGCCAAGGGCUGAAGACAGCGACGACGAGGUGGGAGAUAAUCUGACUCUCAGCAGCUUCCUUCCAGAGAAUGAUCGCUACGUGUAGAUGGAUUUUACUAUGCUUUCAUCUGUUUGCUAUCAGUCAGCGUGGAAAUAGCUGCUUUUUGAAUAAACUCCUGCUUCCCCUUUGAUAUUAGUGGUUUUGCUUCAGUACCUGCCGUAUUUCAGUGGAGGAAGAGAGAAACCACAAACAGACAAACAUUCACGGUUUCAUGUGCAAGUGCCUGUAACUGCAUGUGGCAUUUGACAAGGUCUGAUAGUGAACUCUGCAUUUUGGACUAAGGUCAGUGCUUUUUGCAUGACUUUAGCCUCCACAGGAUGAAGAGUGAUCAAAGCUUGUUUUUUGUUUUUUUACAUCCGGAGCUGAGCCCUGCUGGUAUUUCACUUUACGACAGGGGACAGGAAGGCUUGCUGUGCAAAGGGAUAUUAUUGCUCUGUUCAGACACUGUUCAGUUUACAAGAACUAUCCAGGUGGCUGAACGCUUAAAGGGACAGUUCAGCCUCAAGUCAAAUUUACAUGUUGUUCUGCUGGCCUGUAGUGCUAAUUGUCCACCUGACGUGCCGGUGUUUGCAGAUAUUUACUGUAGAGUUGCCUUCCUUGUCUUGAAUAUACCAGAACCAGGUUACAACUGACUUCUGUUUUUUCUUUUUCUGACCAAAGCUACUCAUUGCAAAUGUCUUUUUUCAAGAAAUCAUCCUCAAAUGGUGUUGUGAGCAGUUUUAUGCAGGAACUAUGUCUUUUCGACUGAACUGCAUCAGCCAGUCAAAAGCUAAUAUCACACCUCAGCUAAGGGGGAAACAAUCCGUGUUUAUAUCCUGUCACAAUGUCAAUGUGCAGUGGCACACUUCCUUCUGCAAAGCGAUGCAAUUGGCUGGUGCACUUUAGAAAAAAGAAAAUGUAACCACACAGAACUGCUCGUUAUGGUGGAUUUAUUUUCCAUAAGUGGGUUGUGAUGAUUGAUAAGAGCCAGGGAGGUUUCAAAGGCAGUUUUUGAAGCUGUGAGCACCAUAAUUUUAAUAUCUAGCACCAUUAUAUUAAAUAUAAAAGUGAGAUAAGAGAAAAAACAAGAGAUGGAUGGAUGGAUGGAUGGAUGGAUGGAUAUCACCAAUUCUGUGCAAUUCACACCAAAAGAUGAACAGAUACAUAGAUGGCUGAACGCUUGAUGCUGUGAUGACCCUCUUGUCAGUUUGUCUUGGUAGGUCAUGUGACCCUGGCACGGCGCUAACAAGGUUUAGUUGUAGGGUUUUCAUUCAUCAGGGGCUGAUUGUGGCAUAUAAGGAGCAGUCCUGGUGACUCUUUGUCUCUCCUCUCCUCUCCUCUCCUCUCCUCUCCUGUAUGGACUCCCUGCAAGCCUGUAAGAAAAUGGGGUCUAGUCCGGUAUCCGAACACCCGACUUCUGAUGAAUGACAGUCACCCGACUAGGCCACCUUCGGUCCACCUGAGUAUCACAUGACCUAUAAAGACAAAACGACAUGGAGGUCAUCACAAUGCACAAAACUAAUUUCAUGUUGUUUAAGUGUGUGUGAAGAGAUCCACUUUCUGAUAAUUUAUUAAAUAAAUGUCUUUGUUAACUUUAACAUUUUAGUAACUCUUCAGGUUAAGAGUCAUAAUGAAAAAAAGAAUAAAACAUUUCUGCAAACUUAGAACUGAUCACUUCUCAGUGUAGAAGUUAAACAUAUUCUGUGGUUCUCUCAUGACAACCAAAGUUUGGGGAACUUAUCUGAAAGAUUUCCUCAAAACGAUUAUGCCUUGCAGUCCAUAUUGUGCUUAAUGUUAUGAAUAUUUUCAACAUUAAAAGUAGCCUUUUUAAUAA